CUGGAGAAGAAGCAAACUUGAAUAAAAACCCAGAUCGGAAGUUCCCCGGAGAAAUCGAAUUACUAGUAGCAAGGCUAAACAUGGAUGUGAUAAAGACGCAGCAGAUAUCAGCAAGAACGAUCGAGAAAGUUGUCGUUCACCCGCUCGUCUUGCUCAGUAUCGUCGACCACUACAACCGCGUCGCUAAAGACUCGCGCAAGCGCGUCGUCGGUGUUCUUCUCGGGAGCAGCUCUCGUGGCAUCGUUGACGUCACCAACAGCUACGCAGUGCCGUUUGAGGAGGAUGAUAAAGAUCCAAGCAUCUGGUUUCUUGAUCAUAACUACCAUGAGUCAAUGUUCCACAUGUUCAAGAGAAUUAAUGCUAAGGAGCAUGUUGUAGGUUGGUAUAGCACUGGACCUAAGCUUCGAGAGAAUGAUUUGGAUGUUCACGCGCUGUUCAGUGGCUAUGUGCCAAAUCCAGUGUUGGUCAUUAUUGAUGUCCAGCCUAAAGAACUUGGAAUCCCUACAAAAGCUUACUAUGCAGUUGAGGAGGUCAAGGAGAAUGCUACUCAGAAAAGCCAGAAAGUCUUUGUUCAUGUGUCUACAGAAAUUGCUGCUCACGAAGUUGAGGAAAUCGGCGUUGAGCAUUUGCUCAGGGAUGUGAAAGACACAACUAUCAGUACCCUUGCGACUGAGGUCACUGCCAAACUUACAGCUUUGAAGGGGCUGGAUGCACGACUUCGGGAGAUCCGGAGUUACCUUGACCUUGUAAUCGAUGGGAAACUCCCUCUGAAUCAUGAGAUUCUAUACCAUCUGCAGGACGUUUUCAACUUGCUUCCGAACCUGAAUGUGAACGAGCUGGUCAAGGCCUUCUCAGUGAAAACAAAUGACAUGAUGCUCGUUAUCUAUUUAUCGUCCCUCAUCAGGAGUGUAAUUGCGCUCCACAACUUGAUCAACAACAAGUUGCUGAACAAGGAACAUGAAAAAGCAGAGGACUCAAAGCCCGUGGCCAUACCCGCCACAAGCUAAAUCCCGCUGAUGAGAUGUGAUUUUACUUAGUCAUCCUUGUCUUAUGCGAUGAAGGCGGCUGUUGUGUUUUGUCUCUCCCAAUAGAACAAGUGGGUGGUUCAAACUGAGUUUAGUUUGGGUAUCAGGUCUCUUUCCUGAGUGUUGACUUUCCUGUGUUGUUCUGAUUCUGAAUGUGUCAAAGAGGCUGUUUUCAUUUAUCUUUCAAGUUGGUUAGGGUUAGAGUCCUUUUUUCAGUGGGGUUCAAGAUGAUACAAAGUUUCACCAAUGUGUCGAAAUCUCCACAAACAUUUGCAAUUCAAGCUGGUUCCAUUAUUCAAAAGUUACUCUAAAUCGUG